AUGGAGUUUACGAAAAAGUUCCACCAGUUUGGAUCGUUCGCGUCGAACAUCGUCAACAACACGAAGAACGUCCAAAUGCCGAACAAUCCCGGGCAAGUCUUUUGCAUCGGCGCCGGUUUAUUAGGCACCGUGGUUAUUAAAGUCACCAAGAAGAAGAAGACGACUUUUGUCCAUCCACACGAGGAAUACGAACACGCUUUAGAGCGAGUGAAAUCAGCAGAGAGUCGAAUCGAAGCGGUGUCUUCGCUUUUGAGAGAGAUGACGAGUGAAUGCAAGGAGACGAAAGAGGAGUUAUCGAUGGUGGUCUCGCAGAAAAACGCCAUCGAAAGGAUGUUGGAAGAAUUAGAGAAGGCGAAAGAGCAAGCGGAGAGAGCGUCGAGAGACUUGCAAAAAAGCGUGAAUGUGCUGACGAGCGAAUUGGAAACGAACAAAGAACGACACGUAGAGAAGGUGAAGCAGUGGAGAAACGAGAUUGUGAGCUAUCGCGAGAAGACGCAAGAAAAUUUCUUGGCGGAGAUUGUCGGACUCGUGAGCGAUAUGGACAACGAUAUUCAAAUCGAAGUGGUUCCGCAUUCCGCGUUGUUACCGCACGAAAGAGCCGAAGUGCACUUGAAAGAAGGCGAGAGAGAGUGGGAACACAAUCCACGAUUUGCAUUGGAAGAUAGCGCGAGAUUGAGUGUCUUGGCGAAUUGUGGGAAAAGCGCCAAGGAUAUGAAACAAGUGAAAGCAGAGAAGAUUCUCUCGCACGCGACUCAAAAAGUAGAGUCGCCGGCGCACGUGAAGAAAGUCGCGACGCCGACGAGAAAAGCGUUUGCGAGAAUUACAAACAAUCAAGUGACGAAAAACAUUACCGAAAAGAUUAUCACGAAGACGACGUCGAUGAAACCGAAGCCGCCACCUACGAAGAAGGGCAUGUUGUCUUCUUCGCCGGAUGCGAAAAUAUCCAACAAAGAGUUUGGCGAGAUGCUUUAUUUCGAUUUCGAAAACAACAACGCGGACAACAAGGCGACCGUUGGAAAGUUAGCCGGUGCCAAAGCUAAGUUCAUGGCUAAAUGGAACUCUUCCAAAGCCGGGGCCGUUGCGGAAACAGCUUUUGGGGUGUCUGAUGUCAAGCGCGCGUUCAAAAUUAACGGCCAGUUUGAAGAAAUCGAAUACGUUUCACCUCGACGAACCGAUCUAUCGAUUGUUCGAUAA